AUUUAUUCUGAUGAGGAUGCAUUGGUUGUGAGUGAAGAGGUAGAGAAUGGAGUAGGAGGGCUAAGCGACGGUCAUCUGCCAGACUGGGCAGGGAUGGUGGAAGAGGUCCAGUACAACAUUGUCACACUGCGAGAAAAAACAAAGCGUGUUGCAGCACUUCAGAGUAAUUUAGUGCGUCGACCAUCACUGGAUGACAACACCGAAGAGGAACGCCAACUAACUGCACACAACAAUGAGAUCAGAAGGACCCUUGAGAGAUGCCAGAUGUUGAUGAUCCAGAUAAAACAUGCAGCUGCAAGAGGUCGAGAAGAAACCCUAAACAAGAAUGUUGUUCGGGCACUUGGGUUUGCGCUUCAGGAAGUAAAGAACGAAUUCAUGACAACCUGCUCAGCUUUUACAAGUUCCAUGAACAACAUAAAAAAGACAAGUUCCUUUGUACAUGAGGGAGGAGGUGAUUAUGACAAUGAUUAUGGAACUUUUGAAGAUGGAUCCAGUUCUAGACACCAGGCCUGGACACAAGAGCAACUCAUGUUUCUGGCUGACAACACUCAAGCAGUUCAGGAUCGGGAUCGGACAGUUCAACAUAUUUUACAGUCUACAAUACAACUGAAUCAACUCUUCCGGGAUGUUGCGCAGUUGGUUACCGAUCAGGGAACAAUUUUGGAUAGAAUAGACUUCAAUGUAGAGCAUGCUGCUCUGAAAGUCGAAGAUGGUGCCAAGCAGCUGAAGAAAGCAGAAAAUUAUCAGCGUAAGAAUCGCAACAUGAAGUGCAUUUUAGGGCUUUCAGGCACAAUCAUUAUUUUGAUUAUUAUUUUGGUACUUGUUAAAACUUAACAGUGAUAAUGCAUUGUAGAUCUUAUAUCUGUCAAAUAAAUUAUUGAUACUAGAAAUAAUGUAGGAUAUUCUAUUUUUCCAGUACAGUAUUGUGUUCUACUAAAGGUGAUACAACUUGUAGAGCUUUUGAGGUAUUUUGCAUUAUGCAGAUGAUGGUGUCUCAUUAUUUCAGGAAGUUACCUAAAAAGGAUUAAGAAAGGAGGUUAAACUUUAUAUUUGAAAUGUUCAUUCUUUAAGGAAUUCAGUGUAAGGGAGAGUAUUUUUUGGUUCAAGGAUAUAGGAAUACCAAAAACUUAAAAUCAUAUUCAGUUAAUCUUACAAGGGGCCAGUAUAUGGGGUAGAUGAGGAUCUUUUUGUUAAGCUUUUAGUUGGUCAGGAAUGUAAUCACACAUCUUGGUUUAAUGUACAUGGUAUAUGGUCAGCCGUGUGACCUGUAGUACUGCUUAAUUUAUGAAACGGCACUAUUAAUAUUGUAUUUAGGCAGGGAAAUGUCUUUUCCAAUGAACAGAUAUUUUUCAUUAUUCUAGUGCGUGGAGUUUACCAGAGUCUAAUACCUUUUGAUGGACAUUUUUCAAAGGUUACGCAAUUGAUUUUGAUAUAAUUUUCUUCUUUUUUUCUCACCAAAGGUUUACAGAAUGUUAUGUUUGAACAAAUUGAGAUCACAGUAUUUUGCUGCACAUUGAUAUGGUAUCAAUUUAUCAAACACAAUUGGGUUGGAAUGAUUUAUUUUAGGAUAGUGUUCAUUUUAUUAAAUAUUUGAUAUAUUUAUAUUAAUUUUGCUUUUACUGUUUUUCAUUAUUUGAAAAGAAUAAUUCAUUGGAGUCCUUGGGAAGAUUUUUUUUUUUUUUUUUUUUUCGCCAAAACAUGUUCUAUCAUGUUUCCUUAUUUUGUAUUUAUAUAAGAUGGAUGUGAGUUAUAACAUAAUCCAUUACCGCCAGGAAAAUGUAAUGUAGUAGUAGUCUUUUUUUUUUUUUUUUUCUUUCUUUCUUUCUUUCUUUCUUACACACACACACACAGAUUGACUCCACAGCUGCUCAACAAUCAAGGAGUUAAUUAGUAGGUUAAAAUGACACCCUAAUUUCCCCCUUCUUGGAGUGUUUUGGAAAAAUGUUCUUUUCUAAUGCUAUUAAUAUCAAUAUCAAUACUACUAUUAUUAUUAUUAUUAUUUACCUUUGAAAUAUUUUAAUGUUAUUAACAAUACUAAUAGCAAUAUAUAAAACAACAAGCUUUUAAAAAUCAAGGAAAAAGGCAGACAGGUGGGACAGGUAGGACUAGUAAUUCACUCCUUGGUGACAAAGCAUUUGUGGAACCAUCUCUGCAGAAACAAUUAAUUAACUAAAAUCAUAGUAGACGUGCCAUUUACGUACAUACCAUCUCCUGCGGCAGUGGAUUAAGCUUAUCCUCAUUUCUGAGUACUAUCAGAAUAUACUCUGUGGCAAUGGAUGGAAGUGUAACAUGUCCUUGGGUGUGUGAAUACUGUAUAAAUAUCUUGCUAUUGCAAUGGGCUAGCAAAUGAUAUCGUAUUAAUAGCCAAAUAUUCAAGAUUUCAACGUAUAGAAACACUUGCAAUACAGUAUAAGCUUUCAAUACUAUUGAAGGAAAAUGUGAAUUAUGUUAUUAAAUUAAGUGGAUAUCAGAUUGGGCCAUACAUUUUCUGAAAAUAUUGUCCAUGCUUAUAAUAUACUGUGUUUAUGGAAGCAUUAUGUCUUGCUGCAUUUUAGCUUUAAUGCGCUAAGUAAGUCAAUACUGUUAUUGUGGUAAUUGCAGGCCACAUAUAUUGAUAUAAUUUUUAAGAUUAGUUCUUUCUUGCUUCUCUGUUACACAAGUAUUUGUUAAAUGACUGUGGUAACUUGCUGAAUCACUCGAGUAAUAUGCAGUACUCAUUGAAUUUGGAUCAUUAAUAUUGUUCUAAAAAAUGUACUAUAUUGAUAAUAUAUUUAUACAUAUAUAUAUGUACACACAAAGCUUUAUUCAAUCUUGUCCUGUAAAUUCAAUGUUCUUAAAAUAUAUUGACUGAAGCUAGUUAAAAUGAUGUAGCUGUAACUCUGUGGUGUGUAAGUGAAUUUGUACAGAAAGAAACCGUACUGUAUCCUAUGUAUGAUUUGUUAAAUCUGUCAAUUUCAGAUGCUUUAUAAGUGCGAGAUAAUAAAAUCUUUAUUUAACAA